AUGUACUCAAUCGCAGUCAUUGCUCCAAUUGUCGCUGGAGCAUGUUUUCCAAUAUUUCAAAUGAGCAAAGCUGAGGAGUGGAAGUAUUUGAUGGAGACAUAUCCAGAGUAUGUGGAGAGCUACAAAACUCUACCAAACUUUGCGAUAUAUCUUAGGUCCCCUGGAAUUAUUGUCUACUUUGGAUAUUUACUUGCUGGAGGUCUUCUCAUCGCAGUUUUGUUCAUAGUUUUCAUUUUCGACAUAUUUAUGAUUAUGAAUGUGUUGAAGACGAAAAUGUCAAAAACUAGUCUUCGGAAACAUGAAGAUGCAAUCAGAAGUCUUCAAGUUCAGUUCGUGACAUCUGUUAUAUGUAUCAUUCCACCCGGAUUCGUAGUAUUUAUAGUUAUUUUGGAACUGGGAACAGCUCAACUUCUGACUGAAAUAGCUAUUGCAUGCUAUCCAUCGAAUGAGAACACAGAAAAGGAAGCCCGUACCGGACGGUAG